AUGUCCGCUAUUACCAGAUUUGACAGGACGUUGCGCAUACUCUCGUACACAGAGCACAACCAACGCCUCCUCCUGAACCCGACCUGGCAGUGCGCCAGGGAGGAUCUCGCCGAGCUCGAAGCAGAGGCCGAGCGGCGCGCCGACGAGGACGAGCAACGGGGGGCUGCGGCUAGAUCAUGUCAUGCUGGUUCGUACCAUACAUUCAGCAGUUCAGCCGUUCGCGUGUUCGAGUCGCGCUUCGUUGCGAUCACCCCUGACGCCGGCCAGCCAUGCUCUGGCACCAUCAAGUUGGUUCUCUGCGAUGGAUACAAUAUCUGUCUUGUGAUGCGUGGCAGGAGUCGGACGAUGCGCACGGAGAGCGGCUCGGACUGUCUGGGGCGAGAGUCUUAG